CUGGGCCAAUGUCGAUGUGUUAAUUUAUUUCAUUCGUGAUACCUGAAUUCAGUUAGAACUUCGGGGUCACGAAGUGUUUUUAUUACAAUUUUCGGAAAAAAACCUAUUCCUUGUAUCAUUAACUCUAUAUUUUUCGAAAUGGAGGAACUGCAAGGUCCGAAUUAUGAAGAAAUGUCUCUCGAGGAUGUCAUCAGAGAUAUGAAAGCUAAGAAGGCUCUGAAGCAAGAAAAUGUGGUAAACAACUCACCUUUCCUCAGGCAUAAAGCAAGUUUACAGUAUUACAGAAGGCCUUUCAGAGCAGCCAUUCAACCAGGACAAUUCAACCGCAGUAACUACUUGAAACAUAUGGCAAAAAAACAAAUUCAGCGUGCUCGCAGAACAUUAGAUUUGAGACAGAGACUGAUCGAUAUCAGAGCUAAUAAAAAAGGAAUGGAUUUAAGAAGUAAACUAGUCGCAAAAAUGAUAAUUGAAUUAAGACAACAGGCUACAAAGGCUCAGUCUAGACAAAAAUUUCAUCCUUUUCCACAGUCAGGACAUUCCCUUGGACCCCGAUCUGGCCCAUGUGGUCCUGUUAGUGGAGUCUCCUCCCGUCCGAAAAUUAACACAACUGUGUUAUCCCAAGUUGAAAAACUUGUUGGUAAACUUCCAUCAUGGAUGAAAACUGCUGCUUCUUAUUUGGUUGACGGAGUAGCGCCACUACAACCCAAUCACCCCCGGCCGGCCCGGUUUAGUGCGGCUCCGGUUAGAACGGUUCCGACGGUUUAUUCGCCACCAACAAGUAACUUUAUAAUGGCGAGGAGGCAGCACAGCUCCGUGGCACCCAACCACGUACAUCCUUGCUGUCAAGUGUCGCCAACUCAGCAAGACCUUUAUCAAACCCAUCAUUCACCACCUCCUAGUGAAAUGCCUCCGCUUGCGUACGAGCCUUUACCGAUAAUUAGGCAAACCGCCACAAUAAAUCCUCGUCGCUUUGACAUGAUUAGAACCUCGGAAUUGGAAGAAGACAUUGCAAUCAGUGUGCUUGAUGUUGGUGAUGAGCUUCCACGUGUUAAGUUAACUCUUAAUGAACGUUUUACCAAGUAAAAGUUACUUGGGUAAUGGUUGUUAAAUUUCCUUUAUUCAUUUCCUGACGAGGGUUCUCUUUAUUUUCAUAUUGGAUGCCACCCAGAAUAUUCAUUAUUCCUUUUUUAAGAAUUCAUUUUGCCUCAAAAUUCUUGUUUGCAUAAUUGCCAUUUCCCCGCCGUGUGAAAAUGUUGAAUCAAGGAAACUUAUAUUGAAACUCAUUGUGAGAAAUUCUCCCGAAGAUUAUGGAAUAAACGAGACUGUUUCUUUUUAAA